AUGGCUGCCAAUGGGAUAAACUCGGUUGCUCUCCCGCCCAAAGACGGCUUCGCAUCGGGUCCCCUUUCCCCUGGUGAACCAGCAGCACCGGGGCUGCCGCUGAGAAGCCCCAAUCCUUUGACCUCCAAAGUCACAAGUGUCUUGUCGACCUCCUACGCGGAUGCAGAGUUCCGCGACGCCCUCGGUCUGCUGGAUGAGCGCGGACUGGCCAACAGUGCUGAGACGCGCAGGCAACUGCGUUUAGAUAUCCAGAAGGAGGUGAUCCAGAGCAAUGGCGACAUCAUAACCGAGUUCGGCCGGGUUGCAGACCAGCUGCGCCGGAUCGGCACCACCAUCGACAAGCUGAACAGGAGCUACCAGGAGAUGAAGAGCCAUGUCACAGCAGCCCACAAGGCAACCUCGUCAACCUUGGACGAGGCUUCCAAUCUGAUAGCGCAGAGGCAGGAUAUCGAGAAGAAACAGCACGUGCUCAAGGCUUUGCGAGAGCAUUUCGUUCUUUCCGAGGACGAGGAGGCCUCGCUCACUUUGACUUCUGAGCCCGUGGACGACAGAUUCUUUGCCAUCCUGGCAAAGGCCAAAAAGAUCCGUACUGAUUGCGAAGUACUUCUCGGCUUCGAGCACCAGACCUUGGGUCUUGAGAUAAUGGAGCGGACGUCAAAACACUUGAAUCAGGCUUUCCAAAAGCUGUAUCGUUGGACCCAGAAGGAAUUCAAGACUUUGAACCUGGAGAACCCCCAGAUCAACUCAUCCGUUCGCCGGGCUCUCCGUGUCCUGGCAGAACGACCUUCACUUUUCCAAAACUGCCUCGAUUUCUUUGCCGAAGCUCGGGAGCAGAUCCUCUCUGAUGCCUUCUACUUGGCGUUGACCGGCACAUCCCCAUCAGGGCAGGAGGAUCGUUCGGUGAAACCCAUUGAGCUGGUAGCCCACGAUACCCUUCGGUACGUAGGUGACAUGCUAGCCUGGAUCCACUCGGCCACGGUCAGCGAAAGAGAGGCUCUCGAGAUCUUGUUUGUAUCGGACGGCAAUGAAAUUGCCAAGGGCAUUCAGGCAGGUCGCGAGAACGACCUGUGGAGGCUCGUAACUGACGAAGCCGACGGCACCCCCGAGUUCGAUGCCGUCAAGGCACUAAACGAGCUGGUAGACAGAGACGUCUCGGGAGCUGCACGCGUCUUACGGCAGAGAGUCGAGCAGGUGAUUCAGACCAACGAGGACACGAUCCUGGCUUACAAGCUUGCAAACCUCCUGAACUUCUAUCGGGUCACCUUCUCAAAGCUGCUUGGGACACAGUCUGUUCUCCUGGAAUCCAUGUCAAACCUGGAGACUGAAGCCCUGCGGCAGUUCCGGUCGCUGAUGCGGGAUCACAUUGCUACGUUACAAGGAGAAUUCCAGCACACGCCGUCCGACCUAGGACCGCCAGACUUCCUUCAAGAAUCUCUUAAACAGCUGACUUCUAUCAUGAAAACCUACGAGACGUCGCUUGCGUCAACUGGAGAUCGGGAGGCAGAUUUUCAGCCCGUAUUGGCAGAGUCGUUCGAUCCUUUCAUAUCUGGAUGCGAAAACAUGGCAAAGACUAUCAAACCGCCGUCAGUUUCCGUCUUCCUCAUCAACUGCCUUCUUGUGGCCAAGGCUGCGUUGGCACCAUUUGACUUCACACAGAAGCGAGUAGAAGCACUGCAGUCUAGGGUGGACGAGCACGCUGAGAAAUUGGUGGCUAGCCAAUACGCUUACUUGAGAACUGAGUCGGGCCUGGAUACAUUGUAUGAUGCCUUGGCACCCCUCCAGGCUACGGAGGAAGAUAUAGCCAAGCUCCGUACAAGCGACGCAUUGAAACCUGAUGUUCUGAUAGCAGCAAGUCAGAACCUUGAUGAUUUCUUACCGUCUGCACUGAUGGACGCCAUGGAGAACCUGCGCCACCUGCAAGACUCCAAACUGACGCGAGACAUCACUGAAGAGGCCACCGAGAAAUUUUGUGUUGAUUUUGAGCAUGUUGAGGAGAUGUUGAUCUCGGCUGACGAGGCCAUCGAGCAGGGGCAAACGAACGGGCAUGCUGGUAGUCAAGACGGCCCCCAAAGUCUACGCGCGUUGUUCCCUAGGACAACCGGAGAAAUCAGGGUACUUCUAUCGUAA